GUUUUCGACCGCAUCCUUGACCCUGCGGUUGUAGUUCUGCAGAGAGCCGGUAUUCUAACUGACAUAACUUCAAGUCUCGUUCCGACCGACUGCGAUGAAAAGCUGCCAUUAACGACGUGGUGUUGCAACUCCUGCGAUGCAGUACUCGAAGCUUAUCGGCUCAAAGGCUGGGUGGUCCCUAACGUUGAGGCCUUUGAGCAGUGUCGAGAAGAGCGUGCAACUGGACUGCGCGCGAAACUCGGUAAACAGGGCUGUCGGCUGGUUGGACAUAUGGGCGUGAACAAGGUGGCGGGCAGUUUCCACAUAUCGCCCGGCAAGAGCUACGGCCAAGGCCAUGUUCAUGUGCACGAUCUCCAGGCCCUUGCGGGCGCCCAGUUUAAUCUUUCGCACAAUAUCGACACACUGACCUUCGGCGCCGCAUAUCCUGGCCAUCGCAAUCCACUAGACGGCUUAAACGUUUCCGUGGAAUUGCGUGAGUUGUAUUUUAAGUUUCUGGUAUUCUGUAUUCAGCGACACCCUUGUCCUACGCGUCGUUAUGUCAUAUCUUUUCCUGUACUGCCUAGCUGA